UUCAGACGUUUAUAUAAGUGAUCGAAGCAUCCCGAGUGGACGCCACUUGAAUCCGAAAGCAGAAUCAAGCUCGAACAUCGUUUCCCAAAUCGGAAACCACGAGAUCUUGAAUCAUACAAGAAGCAGAGCACCGUCCCGGCCUGUGAGCCUCUUUCCCCUUUUCUUCUUUUUGAGAUGUCCUCGUACCAACCCCUUGAAGAUCAAGACUACAUAGAAGUCCACCACCCAUACGACUCAUUCGACGAGUGGGACGACACUGGGUCGCGGAGCAGUCACUCCACACCGAGACAAAGCACCUACCCUCCUCCGCCUUCCCUCUCAGGGAAGAGUCGAAGCAGCAAGAAGGGCAGCAGAUCAACCACGACCGGCCAGUCAGGCUCCGACACAGAGAAAGAACCAUCAUCCAAGAUGUCUUCAAGAUCAUCCAGGCACUCAUCAUCCUCCAUCUCGAAGCGGGACAAGCCCUCGUCCAAGACGAAGAAGACGGACGACUGGACUGAGGUAACCGAGCCCGAUGAGAGGCGGCGCAUCCAAAACCGCAUCGCCCAGCGCAAGUUCAGAGAGAAAGCGCGCGAGCAAAAAGACCGGGCGGCGCGCGACGCACAGAACCAGCAGUACGCCGGGUCAGCAUACCACAUCCCAGACGCCGAGGACCUCACCUUCGAGGACGGUGGCGACCUGUCAGGCCUUCCAUGGGGCGGGCUCAACAUGCGGCACGUCGUAGCGCGCGGGCACGCCUCGGCCAGCACCGGGCAGCACACCCACAGCCACAGCGGCCACACGGGCGGCAGCAGCAGCAGCGUGAUCCACGCCGCCACGGGCAGCAGCACGCCGGGCCCGGGCCCCGCCGUCGACCACUCCUCCCUCUACCACCACAUGAGCCCCUACGCCAGCUACGCGCCACACCCCGCGGCGGCGGCGGCGGCGGCGGCAGCUGCGGCCGCUGCCGCCCACGGGCACGGCGCCAUGGUCGACGCCACCGGCGAGGUCUACCACGGCUACGACUCGCCCUACGCCGGGGCCUACUACGACUUCGACCCUUCGGGGGCGGACCAGGGGCACAUGUGAAAUCAUCACAUCCAUCACCAUUGCCGAUCCGAUGGCUGAACGGUGCCGAUCGCGAACGGAAACAAGCAGCAGCAG